AGAAGAACCCCCGCGACCUUCUUCCUCUCGUUCCCAACUCGUUCGCUGUCCACUGCCCACAUUCCUCAAAUUUCCAUCUGUCAACCGUCUCAGCUCUGCAGCUGUUUCCUUAGCUGCAAAGGAAACCGGAAACCUAAUACCAGAAUUAAUAAGCAUACAUACUAUUAGUAUUAAGUAUAAGUCAGUCAAUUGCCGAAUACCAACCAACCAUCACGAAAUUUUCUUCUACCCUCCAAUUUCCCCCCAAAUCGUUCCUCAAUCUUCCUCCUCUUCCCUCGUCCGCCAUGGCCGCCCAAUCCUCGUCCCCUGCCACCACCAACAUCAUGCUCGCUAUCUACGAGAAGAAAACCACUUCCAUCGAUCUCUACCGCUCCCUCCGCAACUACAUCACCUUCGUCUACUCCGAGCGCGAAGCCCAGAACCUCGAGGACGACCUCCAGACUCUCAAGCAGUACCGCUCCGAUCUCGAGCGUCAGUCCGAUCCUUCCCCUACCGCCCGCCGCGACCUCCUCCAGACCUACUACAAGGCCCUCUGCCUCGUCGAGACUCGAUUCCCUAUCUCAUCUGACAAGGAUCACGUCAACACCCUCACCUUCGUCUGGCACGACGCCUUCAAGAACAAGCUCAAGGCCUCCCAGCAGAGCAUCCAUCUGGAGAAGGCCGCCGUCCUCUUCAAUUUGGGUGCCGUCUACAGCCAGAUCGGCCUUUCCUAUGAUCGCGCUACUGUGGAAGGCCGGAAGCAGGCCAUCCACGCGUUUAUUGCCGCCGCCGGCGCGUUUGCGUACCUGAGGGAUAACGCGUCGGCCAAGGCUUCCAUGGGGUCCAGCACUACUGUGGAUGUCUCGGUGGAGUGUGCCGGGAUGUUGGAGCGGCUUAUGCUGGCACAAGCGCAAGAGUGCGUGUUUGAGAAUACCAUUGCCAAAGGGAGUACUCCUGGGGUUUGUGCUAAGAUUUCGAGGCAGGUUGGGAUAUACUAUGAGGAAGCUUUUGCAGCAUUGAAUGUUGCUCCUCUGAAAGAUCAUUUUGAUAGAGCAUGGAUUGCUCAUGUCCAGCUAAAAGCAGCUCUAUUCUUUGCUGAGGCUUGCUACCGAUACAGUUUAGAGCUCCAUGAGAAGGAAGAAAUUGCUGAAGAAAUUGCGCGGUUGAGAACGGCGGUGAGUGCCUUGGCUGAAGCCAAAAAAAACUCGAGAGGGGCUGCAGCGCAGCUUCUGGAUGCUAUUAGCAAGCUUGAAGCCAAUAUUAAUCGGAAUUUAGAGAGGGCUGUAAAAGAGAAUGAUAGAGUAUACCUCAUGAGAGUUCCAUCACCUCAUUCUUUGCCCCUCCUCCCAUCAUUUUCUAUGGUGAAGCCGUUGCCUAUGAAUGAUGUGCUGGAUGCAAGCAAGGAGAAGAUGUUUGCUAGUCUGGUACCAGAUAAUAGUGCUAAAGCUCUUUCCAGGUACACUGAAAUGGUUGACGACGUUAUCAGGACACAAGCUGAGAAAUUGCAACAGGGGAGUGAACUUGCAAGAGUGCGAUUGAAGGAAAUGGAUCUUCCGGACUCUAUUCUUGUCUUAGAAGGGAGUGUCACAUUGCCUCAAGAUCUUAAAGAAGAUGUUGAAGCAGUGCAGAUUAGCGGUGGUCCAACUGGCUUGGAAGCUGAGCUACAGCAACUAAAGGACUUGCGAAGAGUGAACCAAGAACUAUUAAUUCAGACUGAGGAACUUCUGCAAAAGGAAGCUACAGAGGAUUCUCAAUUUAGAAGCCAAUUUGGCACUCGAUGGACUAGGCCUCAUUCGAGUACAUUGACAAAGAACUUGCUGGAUAGGUUGAACAGAUUUGCUGGGAACUUAAAACAAGCUGCCGAAAGUGAUGCUAGAAUUGAGCGCUCAGUCAGGGACAACUAUGGUCAUAUAGCCAUACUUGAUAAGCGUCCGAUAGAAUCUGCACUUCCUACUUUGUCUCGGCCAAUUAUGUCGCUGGAUGCAAACGAGGAUGCCAUAGUAGGGGCUCUUAAACAGAGUUUGAGGCAAUUGGAGAAUCUUGGUGCUCAACGGGCCGGUCUUGAAGAUAUGCUCAAAGAGAUGAAAAGAAAGGAUGACAUUUUACCAAAGUUGAUGACGUCCACGGGGUCUUAUGACGAUCUGUUCAGAAAAGAGAUAGCAAAGUAUGAUAGCAUUUGCCAGGACAUUGGGCACAAUAUCGAGGCACAGGAACAGCUGCUGUUUCAUAUUCAGGCUCAAAAUGAACAGUUCUCAGCUGUCUUCAAUCUUGAAGACUAUAGAGCGUCUCGUGAGAAGUGCUAUAAGCAAAUACAAGCUGCAGUUGCAAAAUAUCGAGAAAUCAAGGACAACAUCAAUGAAGGAUUGAAGUUCUAUGUCACUCUUCAGGAUGCAAUAACCAACAUAAAGCAGCAGAGCAGCGAUUUUGUGAUGACAAGGAGCAUCCAGUGCCGGGAAAUGAUGGAAGAUGUACAAAGACAGGUGGCAGGAUUGAGUUUCCAGGAUCGCAAGAACACAUCAUCGCCAUCACCAGCUCCUUACAACAACUAUCCCCCGGUGAACCAUCAGAGAUCUCCACCAGCUGAUCCACAGAACGUGCAUCAGCAUGGUCACUCGCAACAAACCCCCCCGUACUAUCAUCAACCCCAGCAGGAACAGUCACCAAUGCCAGGAUAUGCACAUCCUCUGCCCCCAUACAGCACUUCCCAGACGCCACCUCCUUAUCACAUCCCUCAUCCCACACCUGGCGCUCCUUACCCACCGCAACCAGGGCAAGAGUAUGGGCAACCAGCGUAUCCGGGAUGGCGUGGCCCAUACUACAACAAUGCACAGCAGCAGCAGCAGCAGCAACAAGGGUCAAUGCCACGCCCUCCCUACACAGUUCCUGGGCCAUAUCCUCCUUACCAAGGCGGCAGCAUCGGCGGGGGCUAUUACAAGCAAUGAUAAUAAUAUAAUUGUGUAGGUAUGUGGUUUUACUUGAUUGGUUUUGCAGCCUUUUCUCAUCAUAUAUAAGCUUUGUAAUGUCAUGUUUGUUGGGGUAGCUUGGAUUUUCUGCCGGCGUGGGUGUGGUUGUGGUGUCUGAUGAGGAAUGAUUACUAGAGUGCCAUUCUUGAUCUGUCUAGUUUGUUGUAUGUGACGUUGCCACUCUUUCUUUCCAACUUCAUUUGAUGGUGUAUAUGUUGGCUAGUACUUGCAAAGAGGAUAAGAGAUGGGACCGUAUGAAGCAAUUGCAUGCAUUUUCUUGUUUUUCUUCUUACUCCCUCCCGAGUUUCUUUGAUUUCGCCUGUUGUCUUUUUUGUUCCCCACUUCCGGAAAGAAGCGAUGUUCCAUGUUUCGAGAUUGGCUUUUGCAGGAACUUGUUGACAUGUAUUACGUCAGGGAUUAACACAUCUUUCGUGGAAAAUCGGAGCCUUUUUCCCUCAAUUUUGGCUUUAAUUCCCUACGGAAGGAAGGACGUUUGCAUUGGUUGUAAAGCAAAGAAAAGGAUACAAAAUUUCCGACUGGAAUAACAAAUCGGGCUCUCUUUUUUCCGCGAGGACUUUUGUUGUUGUGGAAGGCAAUAUGGUUGCGGUUUUGUGUUUAAAUUGCUAAUUGUAUGGGAAUCGUGCGAUUUGUGGUUAAUUGCGAAUCGAAUAACAAGGCUUUUCUGUGCAAUGUUGUCAAGACCGGACCGGACAACGAUCUAGAUUGUUG